AUGACCGAUUCUCUCCGCCCCGGCCUCCAGCCGAUCUCGCAGUUGAAAGCUGGACCGACUACCUCCAGCUCCAGGUCUACAGCACUGCCUUCACAGAACCACCAGCCCUCUAAACGACCUUCUGCUUCAUUGCAGUCAGACCGAGCGUCUCACCAAGACGAGAAGAUAGAUGGAACCAGCAAAAAAGCAACAACUGCCCUCAUACGACGCGUUCUCUGCCCCCAAACAAGCAGUCACGGCGCGUCAUCUCCUCAGCCUCUGGAAGAGCUGUUACCUCCACUCACGAGCUCCAAUGACAUCGACUUUCAACUUUACGCUAUACUUGCUAUUAUAAUCAGAGAUUUUUUGUAUUCGUGGUAUUCGAAGAUCACUUCGGACCAAGCACUCGUCAAUGAGAUCAUACAAGUUGUUGCACAUUGCACCCGUGCUCUGGAACAAAGAAUCCGGGAGAUUGAUGCUAUACAACUGGUUCUAGAUGAAAUCCCAGCUUUGGUGGAAGCACACAUUAUUUCAUACAGGUUAUCCAAGCAACAGUCGUAUCUAUCCGGACUGCCGACGUCACAUCGUACACUCUAUCAUGAACUGAACCCUCAUCCUGGACUGUCACCAGUCCCCGAUUUCGAAGACCCUGAUACAAUUGCCGCCCAGUCCGAAAACGAGGCCAUAUAUCGACGGCUAUUGGCGCAUGGAGCCCUGUCGGUUUUGUUGCCCACGGAAGACCUUGAGAAUAGCAGUCUCCGAACGCUAGUUGGGGAUGUCAUCGGUGAUUUGAUACUCGGCAAAGAAAUUGGUGGCAGGGUUUGUGAAGGAGCUUUCUUAUACGAAAUCAUUACCAAGCUCACGGUGAUGCUGAAAGAUCGUAGAAAGCCCGCGGACUCGAGCACAACGAAUAAGGCUCCUCAGAACCGGUUGGAGAAGUUUGGUCUUCUGUCGGCCAACGACGAGUCUACUAAUCUACCACCAUCUAGCCAAUCACAAGUCACAGCAUGGAUAUGGCAAGUUCUCCAAGCCUUAUAUCUUGGUUACGUUGCUUUACGUUUCAUUGCGACGGGUUUAUUCCGCGUCGCAUCGAAUCCAAAGCAGGAAUCCUCGCACGGAGCCAGUGUUUCAUUUCCCACUGCAACGCCAGAGUUCCUAAAGGAGGGUGUUGCGCCGUCGCCAUCAAUCAACGUCACCAAUAAGCGCCCGAUUCUCGAAUAUCGGAUGGCUUCCAUGGCCUCGCAAUUACUUGGAUUAUCGCAAAGAAUGCCGUGGGUAUCCGGCCUCCUCGCCCUUAUCCAGCAUCUGACCCUGGCAGGCCCAGGUCAGCUUGGUGACACGGACGGGGUCCUUGACAGGUGA